CAUAGCCUGCAGAUCUACUUCCGGUUGGGCGUGCCUACGUAUUGGAGUCCUCUGUUUAGGAAAUAAAAUACUAUUAUUACUCUACUAUUUGGUAACAUCAGAAACCAAAAGCACUUCCCACUACAUUUGAAACGAAAAUGUCUAAAUCGCUGAAGAAGAUAGUGGAGGAGAGUCGGGAUAAGAACCUUCCCGAGGUGGAUAUGUGUGACAGAGGGAUUUCUAACAUGCUGGACGUCCCAUCACUGUUCACCUUGUCCAACAUCACUCAACUCGUUCUCAGCCACAACAAGAUUACAGCGGUGCCAGCCAACAUCUCGGAUCUGAAGAACCUGGAGGUGCUCAACAUGUUCAACAACCAGAUUGAGGAGCUGCCCACCCAGAUCAGCAGCCUACAGAAGCUCAAGCAUCUCAACCUGGGCAUGAACCGUCUGAGUGGGCUGCCGAGGGGCUUCGGUUCCCUUCCUGCCCUGGAGGUGUUGGACCUCACCUACAAUAACCUGAACGAGAACUCCCUGCCUGGGAACUUCUUCUACCUCACCACUCUCCGUGCGCUCUAUCUCAGCGACAACGACUUUGAAGCGCUGCCCCCGGAUAUCAGCAAGCUGAGCAAGCUCCAGAUUUUGAGUCUCAGAGAUAACGAUCUGAUCUCGCUGCCCAAGGAGAUCGGGGACCUGGCCCAGCUCAAGGAGCUCCACAUCCAGGGCAACAGGCUCACAGUGCUGCCCCCGGAGCUCGGCAACCUGGAUCUGACCGGCCCCAAGCAGGUCUUCAAGGCCGAUCACAACCCCUGGGUCACCCCCAUCGCCGACCAGUUCCAGCUGGGCAUCUCGCAUGUCUUCGAGUAUGUCCGCUCCGAGACCUACAAGUAAUGGUCUAGUGUGUGC